GAGCAUGUUCUAAACUGUUCUGCAUGCAAUUAAAUCAGACUUGGCGUGCGCUUCUGUGGGUAACAGCGUGUGGGAUACGGGCGACCUGUGGGUAGCAAAAAUAGUCACACACAAGAUACGGCUUGCUUGAAACAAUCUGCACUUGCCUUGUUUAGUAAGGAGUAUGACUAGUAGUAUGGCAGCUACAACAAAGCCCCUUGUCGGCCAGCGUCGCAUGCAGCCAUCCACCUUUGCCCUUGAUGGACGCCCAACCUCCAGUGAAUCAUUUGGUACAAUUCGGAGGAAGUUUCUCACAGCUCCUGUCCCAGAGCCGCCAUCUGAUGCUGAUGAUCAAGAUGAAUUCUACAGACCUCCAAAGGUCAGUAGUGCAAAGGGAAAGAAGAAGAAGAAAAAGGCCAAGAAAGAAUCGUUUGAUCUGGACAUUGACGAGAGGGAGAAAGAGAGACUUAAAGAAUUAAAGGAGUGGUUGGAUACAGACGCUGAUAAAAGUGGGAUACACCAUGAGUUGAAGAUAGCCAUGUUGAAACACAUGAGGGUUUUGGAUGAUCUCGAGAAGCUUAAAGCUCAUUACUAUCUUGAGUACAUGGAUGCACUGACAGACAAGGUGGAGGAGCAGCGAAAAGAUAUUCAGAGGAAGAGUGAGCUCAACAGAAAACGAAGGCUGAAGAAAGAGAAAAAGGAGCGAGAAGCAGCCCAGAAGGCUAAAGUCCAGAUGCACCAUCCUGAGGUCUCCACUGACAAUACCUUUCUAAGAGGCUUAUCAAAAACUAAGUUCCAUAAUAUUGUUAUCUUGCAAGACCAUCUUGCGAGGGAGGGGCGCCUGAGGACAGACGAGCAUGUGAGGGCCUACUGGGAGCACAUGAGCAAACGGGAGAACUACCGGAAGAUCUUUGGCGAGGAAGGAACGGAACACCAGGAUGGUGUGGGGACCAGUAUUGGGACCAAACCUACAAAGACAGAAGUGGAGAUGGUGGUGCCUGGUAGUGAUGCCCUCAGCCAAGGCUCAGGAUCAGACUCCAUCCCUGAGAGCGUUUCCAUGGCCUCGCUGCGUCAGCUGGAUCCCCACCAUCCGGCCUACCUGGACCAGAUCCAGGAGGUCAAGGAGCCCUCCAGGCCUAACUCCAUGGGAGGACCUUACCUCCAGUCCUGGAUCCAACAGCCCAAGACCAAGAAGAAAGCUGUACAAGCAGUAAUGACUAAGAAGCCUGUUCAUCCGAAGGUCCUGGAAAUGGAACAAAAAUGUCCUAGGGUUGAAUUCCCUAAAUUAGCAGCUUUCACCCUCGACCUCGAGCCUCCGAAGGAAGACCCUGAAGUGGAGCUGAUGCGGGAGGAAUUCCGGACGAGGGCUCGCCUACGGAACGCUGAAAUCAGUCGACUUCGCAAGAUGUACCAGUCUUCCCUCACAAACAAUGCAGCUACACAGAGAAUAUUUGAUAUGAAAGAUGAAUUCAGCAGAGUAUUGAAUGGACCGUCCCUCGGUGAUGUGCUGUAUGCCCAGGACCCAUCUGAGCAGCUAACCCAUAUCGCAAGGCGGAUGGCUGAUGAGGGAGCUGAGGACGAAGAGGAAAGAGUGGAAAGACUAGCCCUGCUUCCUCCCAGCUCCUCAUCUCCCAGUCAAGGACCAAGCCGGAGCCGGAGCAACCCUGGACAACCCAGCCCCGGCUUCGCUAUUGAGAGAAUAUCUGAGGAAGGAGAUUUAGAAGAAGAAGAGGAUGGGAAAUUCAUCAUCUAUUCCAGCAGGUCAUCAAGCAGACGAAGUUCCUUGACGUCUACGGAAUCAGAGAGAAGGAGGAACAUGCCUGUCACUCCAGAACCACCCCAGCCGCUCCCUCUGACGUUGGGUGCAGUCAUGGACCACACCGACACCAAGGUUGUCAAGUGCCCAAGCACAUUGUGGAUCAAUUACGGCAAGUUUCUCCCUCCAGUAAAAUGAUAAUUGGAAGGAUCCAGAAGGCCAGAGGAGAAAGAGUUACGAUCGUUACGGUCGUUACACUUGCUGACACUAUACACUGUUGAAAGAUGCUCAUAUUGCAUGUGUCUUUCUUCUUUAAAGUGACGGUCAAAUGUCCAAGUACAACAUGGAUCACUUGUUUCAAGUUUCUUCGCAUAGUUAAAUGGUGUUUUGAAGGAUCCAAAGAGAGAGAGAGUAACUUGAGGGCAUUUCAUCAACAUUUUUUUUAUCUGAAAGGUUGUCAGAUCUGACACUUUCUUUGAUUAUGAUUGGCUGAGAAGCAAUGUUACUAAGUUAACUAUCUGAUAAAACAGUCUUGUCGGCUGAAAUGUCUGAGAAAUCCUUUCAUGAAACGUUCCCUGAGAUCAUGCUUUUUAAUAUAAUUUCUGGCCUCAUACUGUGCCAGAAGGCUUUGAAAAUGGCCAGUAGAAACCAAACAGCCUGCCCCCUCCAGCUUGUUCAUCAUUUCAGAUGCUUAACAUUUUAGUCAUGGUUAUAUAAUACUUUCUGGUUAAACACACACCAUUGGCAAAUUUUGUAUUUGAUCAUCAGGCUAUUGAUCCUUAAAACUGGGAAAUGCGAGUCUUGAUUAUCUUUAAUCACAUUAACUUAGGUCUCAUUAAGGUUAUUAGAAAUUGAUAAUAUUGUUCAUACUCAAAAAUAAAAAAAGAAACAUACAUAUUUGGGGUUCACAGUUGAGUAUUUUAUUUACCAGCAUUUUGCAGAAUAUUGUAUACUUUUACAUACCAAGAGUGAACAGUGUAAAAAUUCAUUGAAAAAAAUCGCAAUGUAUCAUGUUUCCAAGUAUAUAAAACUAAUUGACUUUCUUAAUGUUAUCAUAAACAAUGAUUCAUUUGUAUUGGUGUUUUGAUAACUAUUUUCAAAAAUAGAUUAUGGAUAAAUUUUGUAAUUAAUGACAAUCAAAGUAAAGUUUUUCCCUGUUAAACAAAGAAACAAAUAAUGAUAUAUAGGAGGAAAAGAUUAAUUUUAUCUAAAGAAAAUUUAAGAAAUGUAAAAUGUUCAACAUCAUUGGAUCUUCAAUUGCAUAUCAGUCUUGUUGUGAGUGCUACUAUUUUAUAUGAUUUUCAAAAUGCCAUAAUCUCUUUUUUUAGAAUCAUGAUUCUGAUGAAAUUUCAUUAUUUAAGUCAUCUUUUUCGGGCCGACUUGGCGUUCAUUUUUUAUCUUUUUAGUAUAUAACUAGAUUUUAACACCUUGAAAUGAAAAUCUAUAUUAUGUUCAGUGCAAUGUUAAAAAAAGUGAUUAUGCUCACAUCUGUCUUACAAUGAACAUUUACUCACAUAACAAUAAAGAUCUCCAUUAUUGCGUUUGGGUCCAUGUAAAUUAAAUGCAUGUAAAUUAAAUGCAUGUCAACUCUCCCUGUGUGACAUAAGUUUGGUCAUCAUAUUUUAAAAAUAUAUCAUAAUUGUUAUCAACCAAAU